AUGACUGAGCCGCGCCAGCUGGCCGCCAGUUGCCCCGCGAGCGACCCGGGCCACCCGCUCGGCGCGCCGCACCCCAAGCGGCCGCGCACCGGCGCCGAGCCGCGCCGCGGGCCCUGCCCGGGCGGCGGCCCGGAGGGCGGCACGGCGUUGCCAGAGGCCGGGGCUGCGUUUGCGUUCGCUAGCAAUGAGGAGGCCGAGGCGGUGUUGGGUAUGGUGCGCCUAAUGGGCAAGCGGGGCGCCGCGGCGCACGGCCGUGCGUCGCUGCCCGCCGCGCCUCCCCAGGUAGCGCCACGGGCCGCCGUGCGCAGCCAGCAGCAGCAGCAGCAGCGGAGCGAGCCUGCGCACCAGCCAUCCACACCCCCAGCGCCGCGGCCGCAUCCCGUGAACCAGCAGCAGCAGCAGCAGCAGCAGCAGCAGCAGCAGCAGCAGCAGCAGCAGCAGCAGCAGCAGCAGCAGCUCGCGCGCAAGCGCAGCCGCGCGUGGCUCGCCGCGGCUGCCCCCGCCGGGCCGGGCGGCGGCGACGAGAGCGACUCUGCUAGCAGCAAUAGCGCGCCACCCUGCAGCGGCGGCGGCGGCGAGCGCGAACCCGAGGGCGAGGAGGCGGGGGCGAGAGGUGCAGACUGCGACGAGGGCCGCGCCCCCGCCGGCGCCUGCGCCUCCGGCCGUGCGCCCGGCGGCGUGUGGGCGGCGCCGCGGCCUCCGUUUGGCCCGGCAGUGCCCCCCUUCAUGCAAAUGGCCCCCUGGGGCAUGGGUCCCUGGUGCAUGCCGCCCCCGUUUUGGUGCCCGCCGCCCCCAAUCCACCCCGCGGCGAUGAUGAUGGCGAUGGGCCCCCCGCCGCCGGGAGU